AUGCAUCAGACUUCCGUUCUUUCUUCGCUCUCUUUGCUCCUCGCAGCCACUCGUGCCCAGCAGGUCGGCACGCAGAAUGCCGAGACCCACCCGAGCCUGACGACUCAGAAGUGCACCACCGAUGGUGGCUGCACCGAUCAGUCCACUGCCAUCGUGCUCGAUGCCAACUGGCGCUGGCUGCACACCACCGAGGGCUACACCAACUGCUACACCGGCCAGGAAUGGAACACCGAUGUCUGCUCGUCCCCGGAGGCUUGCGCUACCGGCUGCGCCCUCGACGGCGCCGACUACGAAGGCACUUACGGCAUUUCGACUGACGGCAACGCUCUUUCCAUGAAGUUCGUCACCCAGGGCUCGCAGAAGAACAUCGGCGGCCGUGUUUACCUGCUCGCCCCCGACUCGGAGGAUGCCUACGAGCUCUUCAAGCUGAAGAACCAGGAGUUCACUUUCGACGUCGACGUCUCCAGCCUCCCCUGCGGCCUGAACGGUGCCCUGUACUUCUCCGAGAUGGACCAGGACGGUGGCAUGUCCAAGUACGAGAACAACAAGGCCGGCGCCAAGUACGGCACUGGCUACUGCGACACGCAGUGCCCCCACGAUGUCAAGUUCAUCAACGGCGAGGCCAACAUUCUCAACUGGACCAAGUCCGAGUCCGACGUCAACGCCGGCACCGGCCAGUACGGCUCCUGCUGCAACGAGAUGGACAUCUGGGAGGCCAACUCGCAGGCCACUGCCUUCACCCCCCACGUCUGCAACGCCGACAUCGUCGGCCAGGUUCGUUGCAACGGCACCGACUGCGGUGACGGCGACAACCGCUACGGCGGUGUCUGCGACAAGGACGGCUGUGACUACAACCCUUACCGCAUGGGCAACGAGACCUUCUACGGCUCCAACGGCAGCACCAUCGACACCACUGCCAAGUUCACCGUCAUCACGCAGUUCAUCACCUCGGACAACACGUCGUCGGGCGACCUCGUUGAGAUCCGCCGCAAGUACGUCCAGGGCGGCACCGUCGUCGAGAACUCGUUCGCCGACUUCGACACGCUGGCCACGUUCAACUCCAUCUCGGACGAGUUCUGCGAUGCUCAGAAGACGCUCUUCGGCGACCAGAACGACUUCAAGACCAAGGGCGGCAUUGCGCGCAUGGGCGAGUCUUUCGAGCGCGGCAUGGUCCUCGUCAUGAGCAUCUGGGACGACCACGCGGCCAACGCUCUCUGGCUCGACUCGACCUACCCCGUCGACGCCGACGCGACCAAGCCCGGCAUCAAGCGCGGCCCUUGCGGCACCGACACCGGUGUGCCCGCCGACGUCGAGGCCAACUCGCCCGACUCGACCGUCAUCUACUCCAACAUUCGCUACGGUGACAUUGGCUCCACCUUCAGCUCGACUGCUUAG